AAAUCUCAUUAACGGAGAAAAAGUGGAGUGCAAGUGGUCAUCGAUUUAAUCAAUUAUGUAGGAACUUAUCAAGCACCCAUCUUCCAUGCCUCAGGAACAUCGAGAGAUAAGCGUACAUGAGGGAGGCUGGGUGAACAGACACUUCCCCACCUAGUGCAAGCUGACAUCCAGUGUGGAAACACACAAAUACAAAUUAGUUUAAAGAUAUAGUUAUAAGCUACCAAAAUGCAGUUCAUACGUUCCUUUUUCAAGCGAAUAACAGAUGAUCUCAAACAGAAGAAAUUAAUUCCAUUAAAAAUAUUGUUUUUCGUACAUGCGUCAACUCUGUUCGUGCUGUACCCGUACCUGACUAUCCACAUGAGGGAGCUGGGCAUCAAUGUGGAGGAGACGGCCAUCAUGUCGGCGGUGACGCCAGUCGUUUCCAUCGUCAUGCCACCGUUGGCUGGUAUGCUCGCCGAUAAAAUUGGCAAUUUUAGAUUACUGUUGGCACUGUCUUCGGCUUUGGGCGGUGCUUCAGCUCUGCUACUGCUGGCGGUCCCAGUGGGCCGCAUCACCGUCACAUUCCCUCCUCAUGUGGAACUUCUCGCUACUUGUGAGGACUCUACCAUGAGGCUGGGACUCAUGAAAGACUACGCCUGCUUACCACUCCACCCCUAUUCUUACGACAUCAACUUGACGGUCCUCUCAUGUGGUUUUGUUUGUGAUUUACCUAAGGACAUCUCAAUAGAUGAGACUAAUGCGCUAAUACACACUAAUUCCUACGACAUACACCUGCAAUCAACUAUUGACUCGCAGCGCCUCGUGUAUCGUCACACGGUAAUGGCGCAACUAGCACAAACAUUGAUUCCGAAGAAGGACCAGAGUACGUCGCGUAUCUUGACAAACGAUCCAUUCUUUAACACUACCAUAUCCAAAGUGUCGGACCACACGAUAUUCUUCCCAGCACCAAAGUUGUAUCAAAUAGAGUGCAGUCACGAGUCUACUAAUGAAACCUGUUUAUUUGGUAAGGAUGAUAUUUUCAAUGAAACAGAAGACCAUCUUGAUGAAGCGAUACUUCGGAUGAGGAUAUCUCACGACGUGCAAACAGCACCACAAGAUAUAAGGAAUUACUGGAUAAGGGCCGUUUCUACCGAUAGUAACUUCACAAAAGAUGAUGACUACGAUGGUAUCGACGGUGUUUCAUGCAGUGACAAUUUUGGUCAAGAUGGAGGAGUUCGAGUGCAGGCAGGGUCGCGAAAAUUAUCCGGAUGUCGGGCGGCGUGCGCUGCUUCUACGCCGCGAAAGACUCUCUGCGAAAAUACUCAGCAGCAAAUUGAGCUGGAUCCAGCGUUCACGUUCUGGGCAUACCUUGCUGUGCGAGUGUUCAUCGGUAUCAUUGGUGGGACAGCGUUCGCGAUGUUCGAAGGAGCUGUCAUUGCCAUCGUGAGGGAACAGAAGGCCGACUAUGGUCUGCAGAGGGUGUACGGCAGUAUUGGAGGGAUGAUCUCCUCACCUCUCUCUGGAUUACUGAUCGACUACGCUAGCCGAGGGAAGGGAUAUACUGACUUCAGACCAGCGUUCUAUCUAUAUGCAGUCUUGAAAGUCGCUUCUGGGGCUCUGAUGUUAAGCAUAGACUUGGAGUUCAAGCAGCCGGCACAGAAUCUUCUAGAAGAUGUUAUCUCCGUGUUCAGGAACAUUGAAAUUGUCGCGCUGUUUAUUGCUUGCUUUAUUAUGGGUACUGCAUGGGGCUACAUUGAGAGCUUCUUAUUCUGGCUACUACAAGAUUUGGGAGCGUCCCGUUCCCUGAUGGGAAUAACGAUAACUGUUGGAGGUAUCGCUGGACUGCCACUCCUCGUACUCUCAGGUCCUAUCAUCAGAAGGUUGGGACACGCCAAUGUGCUCUUCAUCGGAUUCAUCUUCUACGCUAUCAGAUUGUUGGGUUACUCGUUGAUUUACAACCCCUGGCUUUGCCUGGUGUUCGAAGCCUUGGAGUCUGUGACGUCAUCGUUAUCGUUCACUGCAGCGGUGACAUACGCAGCACGUCUCUCUUCCACCACCACCGACACUUCUGUACAAGGACUUCUUGGAGGAAUCUACUAUGGUGUUGGUAAAGGAGCUGGCAGUCUUAUCGGCGGUUAUCUCAUGAAGUUCUUCGGUACCAGACCGACCUACCAAAUAUUUGCCGGUGCCACGUUCAUCACUGGUUGCAUUUAUUAUUUAUUCAAUAAAUUCUACUUACGGAAGAGGGUGGUUAGUUACGACGACGACUUUUGUAAGAAGAAGCAAACGCCAGCUGACGUUGAGGGCAACGAGCCCAACAAAGAUGGCGACAAAAUUGUGCCACCGAUAGAUGUCGCUAGCAAACCUGAGGCUAAACUAGAGAACUCUGUUGUCGACAAAGUAAAGGAGCCUGAUUCUAAUCGUGUGAAGUUAGUGCCUGAUAAUGUAGAUGGCGGUAGCGACUCCGGAGUUGAAAAUCCAGCUUACAAUGAAACCGAAUCGUCAGAAAACAGGAAAGAAGAAAGCAAAUUGCCCACUGUGUGAUUAUUACAUACAAAUUAGUUAAGUAAAAGUGUAUUAGAAGUCGCCUCGCGAUUGUUAUAGCAAUAAUAACUGUAAUAAUAAUAGUUUUAAGCCGAAUUUAGUUGUUAAUGAGCCACCUAUACCAUUCUAAGAUUUGUUCUGAACCAAAUGGUACUUGCUUCUUUUGGAUGUAUAUCACACAAAAUGUGUUUUAUGAUACUAUGACUUCCAGACUUCAGAUUAAUUGACCUAAACCUAGUUUUACUGUUUGAGCCAACAUUCCAAUUGUCAUGUCUAUUAGAUUGUCUGCAUUUAUAGUGAAGCAGAAUAAAUAAAAGUAAAUUUAUGAUUUGUUGUUGUACACCAUAACGUACCUAAAUAAUUGUUUGUGUCAUCCAUGUCAUGUAUAAAUAAUAGUUCGAAUGUAAUUAAUGAAAAUCACACAAUUAAAUUGUGUUCCUAUUUUAAAUACCAGAGCGGUGAGUUAUACAAACUGAUGAAUAAAUU